UCUACUCUCACUGCAAUCGAUUAUCAUCAAAUUGCAUUCAGUUCAUCAAUUGUAUUGUGAUUAUGUAUCCCAUUGCUUGCAUCUGAUUAUAUAUUUCAUCAGGAGACUACAACCGACUCCAAUCUCCGACGCCCUCCAUCCAAAUCUCACGCCCUCAAGGACUCAAGUAGGGAUUUCUAGCAUUAAAAUUCUUUUUCUCACAAUUAGUGUUCUAAACCAUCCCACCAUGGGAGAGAGAAAGGUUUUGAACAAGUACUAUUCGCCGGAUUUCGAUCCGGCGAAGAUACCUCGCCGGAGGCAGCCAAAGAACCACCAGGAGAAGGUUCGAAUGAUGCUUCCAAUGAGUGUUAGAUGCAAUACCUGCGGGAAUUAUAUGUACAAGGGCACCAAAUUCAACACCCGCAUAGAACACGCCGACAACUAUUUGGGUAUUAAAAUAUACAGAUUCUACUCCAAGUGCACAAAGUGCUCCGCAGAGUUCACCUACAAAACGGAUCCAAAAAAUUCCGAUUAUGCUGUUGAAUCGGGUGUAACAAGGAAUUUUGAACCUUGGCGUGAACAAGAUGAGAAAAUGGAGAAACAGAAACAGAGAAGAGAUGCUGAAGAAAUGGGUGAUGCUAUGAAGUCAUUAGAAAAUAGGACGAUUGAUUCGAAAAGAGAAAUGGAUAUUGUUGCUACUUUGGAUGAACUGAAAUCAAUGAAGUCAAGACAAGCAACGGUUAGUGUAGAAGCAAUGCUUGAGGCUCUUAGACACACUGCUGAGGAAAAGGAAAGGAAAAUGCAGGAAGAAAGGAAUGCUCUUAUUAAAUCUUUAUUCAAAGAAAAGCGAGAGAAGUUUGUAAAAAGAAUCCGUGAUGAUGAAAUUGAAGAUGAUGACGAUGAUGAAGAAGAAGAUUUGGAUAUACCACAAAAGAGUAGAGAAUCAUCAAAGAGGAGAAAGCUACUAGGUAGGAAUCCUACAAAUGUUUUGACAAAAUCAAGUGACAGAGAUAAAGCAGUAAGGAAAGUUAAAGUUGCGGUAGUCAAGAAGAAAUCUUCUCCUUCUAGUAGCAAGGAGAUUGUAGAGGAAGAAAAGCUGGACAUAGAAGAAGAAGAAGAGCCAACAAGCCUGAAAAGCAAUGGAUUACUAUCAUUAUGUCAACAAUAUGAAAGUGAGGAUGAUUAUGAUUAGUU